UGUGGGCCACCUGGCAACCGUCAUACUUGAACCGACCGGACCACCYUCCACGUUCAAGUACGAUCCCAACAACUGCAUUUCCGGCCACCCAACUUCCAAAAAUCCGCCACGUAAAUCUUGUUUGUAGGGUUUUAAUUUUGGUUAUACUACAAAAAGGAAUAGGUAAGUGGAGCAACUUUGCUUCUUUCAGUCUGUUUACCAUAUUUCUGGGAGGUUGCAUCGAUUAUUUCAAAGCUGAGAGCCAAUUGGCGGUAGCGAGGAUGGAGGAAUCGGGGGAGCAUCCUGGGAGUUCUUCUGAUAGUUCUUCAGGUGAGGUCUCUAUUGGACAUGGAGUGGAAAUUGUUGAAGGCGGCAGUGGCCGUGAAUUGGGAAGCAGAGAGGCAGUGGGCAGUUCUUUAUCUAACAGAGGGAGUUCUUCCUCAGGGGUUGUUGACAAGAACUUGCACAGAGCAAACACCUUGCCAGGGGAGACCCCAAAUGACAAAUUAGAGCCAACUUCAAGUCAGAUCAAGUUAGAAAGGUCAAAAUCUGAGAGGCAUAGACAAGAGGCAGCACAAAUUUUUGAUGACAAAAUUUCUGUUGAGAAAAAGCUCAAAUUGUUUAACAGAUUAGCUACCGUGAAAGAUGAUGGAACUGUGGAAUUUGAAGUACCAGUUGAUGUGAAACCUGAAGGCUUUGAUUUUAGAGCUGAUGAUGUAUAUAGUGUUUCUGUUGAUGAUGAACCUCUUCACUCUACAGACCUUCAGUACAUACCACCACUCCAAAUAGUAAUGCUUAUUGUUGGUACACGUGGAGACGUACAACCAUUUAUUGCCAUUGGUAAACGUUUGCAGGAUUAUGGUCAUCGUGUUAGGUUGGCAACCCAUGCAAAUUUCAAAGAGUUUGUCUUGACUGCUGGGUUGGAGUUUUAUGCUUUAGGUGGGGAUCCAAAAGUUCUUGCUGGCUACAUGGUCAAGAAUAAAGGCUUCUUACCAUCUGGACCUUCAGAAAUACCUAUUCAGCGCAAACAAAUAAAGGAAAUAAUAUUUUCUUUACUUGAUGCAUGCAAGGAUGCUGAUGCUGAUUCUGGUAUUCCUUUUAAAGCUGAUGCCAUAAUUGCAAAUCCCCCAGCAUAUGGACAUACACAUGUGGCUGAGGCACUAAAAGUACCAUUGCAUAUAUUUUUCACAAUGCCAUGGACGCCAACUAGUGAGUUUCCACAUCCUUUGUCCCGUGUCAAGCAACAAGCUGGAUAUAGACUGUCAUACCAAAUUGUUGAUUCUUUAAUUUGGCUUGGUAUACGGGACAUGAUAAAUGAUUUCAGGAAGAAAAAACUGAAGCUAAGGCCUGUCACAUAUUUAAGUGGUUCCCAAGGAUCUGCUUCUGAUGUACCUCAUGGAUAUAUUUGGAGCCCUCACCUUGUUCCCAAACCAAGAGAUUGGGGACCUAAGGUUGAUGUAGCUGGUUUUUGCUUUCUUGACCUUUCAUCAAAUUAUGAACCUCCAACAGAACUUGUAGAAUGGCUGAAAGCUGGUCCAAAGCCUAUAUACAUUGGAUUUGGUAGCCUUCCUGUUCAAGACCCUGAGAAGAUGACCCAAAUAAUUGUAGAGGCACUGGAAGAAACUGGACAGAGAGGCAUUAUUAACAAGGGCUGGGGUGGUCUUGGGAACUUGGCAGAAUCAAAGGAUUUUGUGUAUCUUCUGGAUAACUGUCCUCAUGACUGGCUAUUCUUACAAUGCAGGGCUGUGGUACAUCAUGGUGGUGCUGGAACAACAGCUGCAGGUCUAAAAGCUGCGUGUCCAACAACUAUUAUACCUUUCUUUGGAGACCAGCCAUUCUGGGGAGAACGAGUGCAUGCUAGAGGUGUAGGUCCUGCUCCUAUUCCAGUUGAUGAGUUCUCACUUCCAAGGCUGGUCGAUGCAAUUAAGUUCAUGUUAGAUCCUGAGGUGAAGGAGAGGGCUGUUGAACUAGCCAAGGCUAUGGAAUCUGAGGAUGGAGUAUCAGGAGCAGUGAGAGCAUUCUUUAAACAUCUUCCUUCCAAAAAACCAGAGCCUCAACCAUCACCAGUGCCAUCCGGUUUCUUUGAACACUGCUUUGGCUCUGUAAGGAGAUGUUUUGGUUGCUCAUGAUUCUUAGAUCCACGUUGUUGAUGUUAUUGCUGUCUCUUUUUUGUUCCUUUUCCUUUUCCAUUUUCUUUUUGUUUCUUUCUUUCUUUGUAACGGUUUUGUUACUAAUUUUUUCCUUACCAUCCAUCAAAGUCAUCAUAUUUUUA